ACGUACAUGUAUAGCAGUAAUAGGUCGUAGGGGUUCCCUUGUCUUGUUUCAUCAGUUUUAAUUAUACCAGUUAGUCAGGUUGGCACGUGCUCCUGGGGACUACCAUUUCUCCCUCCCUUCAAUGCCAUAAUUUCUCUUCUAUUUUCUGUAAUGGUUUCAUUUACACCACCCUUUGACCAGUUUUGCCUACUUCUUGUUCACUUGUUUAAUCCUUUGUUCAAGUUAAGCAAGCUCAAGUAGUAGCUAGCAGUGGUCCAAAAUUAUUUCCAUCAAGAAAGAAGACAAGUAAUGAGUAGUAGAUAAGAGGGCAGAAACAAAAUUAGUUAGCUACAAUGGUGAUGGAAGGGAUUGAAGAAGACAUGGGUGAUGGAAACAUGAUAUGUACAAACCAUCCUUACAAGAACAAUACCCCAGGUGGGAUCUGUGCUUUUUGUCUUCAAGAAAAGCUUGGAAAACUUGUUUCUUCCUCAUUUCCUUCUGCUAUUUUCCCUUCUUCUUCCUCUUCUUCUACCCCGUCUUUUAGAUCUGAUUUUGGUGCACCCACCACUUCCACUACUACUUCCUCAACUCUACCAUCACUCCAAACCCACAACAACAUCCAAACCAACAACACCAACACCCAAACAAAUGUUUGUACUAAUCACUAUGGGAAAAUGAGGAAAUCAAGAAUACCUUUUCUAUUGAGUAGCCACUACAAUAAGAAGAAAAAAGAUGGUAACAAUAAUAAUGCUACUAUGAGGAGAAGCAAGUCUACAACAACCCCUAGAAAUCCUAUGCAUUUCUUGGAUGAAGAAGAAGACUAUAAUACCCCUUACAGGAGAAGGUUCUGGUCAUUUCUCUACUACUCAUCCCAUAAGCAUCAUUCCAAGAAAACUGAAAAAAGCAUGAGCUUUCCUCCAGUUGGGAAAGGUUCUAUGAAGUCAAAGAAGAAAGAAGAAGAGUUUGUAGUAGUGGAGGAGAAUGAGAAUGAGAAUGAGAAUGGGUGUCCUGCAUUUGAUAGAAAGGUAUCUAGAUCCAGAUCUGUUGGCUGUGGAAGCAGAAGCUUUUCAGGUGAUUUCUUUGAAAGAAUCUCAACUGGUUUUGGGGAUUGUACUUUAAGAAGAGUUGAGUCUCAGAGAGAAGGCAACAACAAGUCUAAAAUUCAUCACAGAAACAGUGGUGCAGCAGCAGGGCAAGAUUCUAUCAAGGAAAGAGUCAGAUGUGGUGGACUAUUCAGUGGUUUUAUGAUAACUUCUUCUUCAUCUUCAUCAUCAUCUUCAUCUCAUUGGGUUUCAUCUGAGGAAAAUAUGAAUGGGAAAUCCAGCAUAGCUCCUGUGGGACAGCAGCAGCUUGUACAUGGAAGGAACAAAAGUUCUUGGGGAUGGGCAUUUGCAAGUCCAAUGAGAGCUUUCAGUAAGACAUCAAGUGGGAAAAGAGUUGCCUCAAAUAAGAAUGCUACUCCUAAUUUGGCAGCUAUUCCUUCUUUGCUGACUGCCAGAGGCUAAAAUAAGGGCUCUCUUUUCCUAUAUUCUACUACUUUCAUUUACUAAGUUUAAUUAGCUACUGAUACUACUAUAGAAAUUUAUAUUGUUCUUGUUUGAAAACUCUGUUUAUUUGUCAAGUGUGAUCCAUGCUUAUCUCUUUUGGUAUCUACCUUUUUUUUCCUCCUGCUUUUGAGGUUGAUGUUGAUUUUUUGUGAAAUGAGUCUAGUAGUGUUCAUUGUUUUGCUUUCGCUGAACAGUGGAGUAAAUAGGACACCACUUCUUUCUUUAUGUCUAUUGUAAAUUUGAAAUAAUUGGUUGAAUGAAAAUGCAUGUAGUUUUUUCAGGAGGUGGAGUGGUGGUAACUCACAAAUGAUGAGUAUGUACUUUUUUUGCUCUAUUAUUGGAAAAUCUUUUAAUGUGAUCCAAUCCAAUCAUUUACUA